CAGAUCCGUCCAUAUGUCCUAGUAGAUAAACCUCCCAUUGAUUCCUUAAUCAUCCCCACUCCUCAAAACAACCCCUCAAAACAACCAAGUUGGAAAGAGUACCGAGUCCACACACAGACUACAGCAAGAUCUUGCAAGACCUCAGUGCACUGCAUGCGGCGACACCCGACCGGAUGGAUGGUUUUUGUUUCGACCCUUCCAAGCUUAUCUCUGGCCCAAGCAUGCCAGCGAAAGUUUAAUUUUUUCGACAUUGCCCAGGCUUCUACUCAUCGACCAUUUACGUAUAGAGAAAGAAACCUGCAGUUGCAUUUGCGACGAAUCCUUCAUUGCAUCUCUCCACGGAGUGAGAUCACCCAUGUGAUCUACAAUACAAACAGCAGCACGCUAAGUUACGUCAGUGUCUUCAACUCUUCCAGACGGAUGCAGUUCAGGACGUGGCCAGCAGCGCAAUUAGACUCGGGAGGGUCUGUUUGCUCUGGAAUGGAAAGAUUCGUGUGGAAUGAGGGUGGUAGGUUUUUACUUGCAGUAAGAAAGACUGAGUUCAAACUUUGUUGGUUGGUUUUCUUAGGUCCAGUCGUCGCAUUAAGCCUUCUUGGUCUUGGUCUUGGUCUUGGUCUUUUCUUGGGUCGGUGUUGUUGUUGCUUGCUUGUUUAGGUUUUGGCUUGCCAAGUUUCUUCCCGGAAGGGGUGAAAGAGAGAGAGAGA